AUGGACGAUGACGUGCACGGGCCAGCCGCCCCUGAACGUCGUCCACGCGAGCCGUCGCCGACCGCCCGACGCCAGCAACAGGGCACGAUCCUCAAAGUCAACGAUGUGUUGCGAGUGUGUUGCGUCGACGAUGAUAUGGUUGCGGAUGUAUAUGCUCAUGAACACGCCAAGGACGACGACACCGGUCUGUUGUACGGCGGGGGGAUUCGGAUUCGCGUCUAUCGCAACCGAUGCUAUACGGAUGCGCUGUCGUCGACCGACAAGGGCCGAACCCGCGACCGCAGGCACUACAGCAACGUGAGAAUCCCCGUGCUCGCCGUUGAGUACAGCGUACAGCGAAAAGAGCGCACUGCGGCCGAGAGGAUGCCGUUCGGACCAUGCGCAACCAAUGUGUGGUCUGAGAUGUCGCGCCUGACGCUCUGUUCUGUGGCUGAGACUGCCGCGGGCGAUGAUAGUAUCUUCUUCGCUGGUCAGCAACGGAGACUAAGUCUGGCGGGCGGCUGA